AUGGUAUGGGCUCGGACCAAGAUCUUCUCUGUCGGUUGCCGCAAGGCUGAUCCUGUCGUCCCCCGCAGCUACACACAGGAGAAGCGACGGCGCCGGCUAAGACGGAGUGCCGGAAAUGAUGGGUUCUGUUCAAAGUUCGUCAUGGUGUCUCCAACAAAACUUGUUCCGCUCCUGUCCUUAUGUCUGGCUACCGUUGUCUCCGCGAGAGUGUCCAUCACGGGUGCCACAACAGGAUUCGAUGCUCUUAGCGGUGAGCCACCAUCCAGACUCAACAUCAACAUCCUCCACACUCAAGGGGGACCAGCAUGGUCGCUUUAUGUACGGGCACUAGCUGCGAUGCAGGCCGCAAAAGCGGAUGACGUGCUAUCAUACUUCCAAAUCAUGGGAGUAUCCCGAGGCCCAGCGGCCCGAGUACCAGCGCGCCGCCGAGUCCCUCCGCGCCCCUACUGGGACUGGGCCGAAAACUCCUCCCUGCCUCCUUCCGUCGGCCAGCCAGAGAUCCGUGUCGAGACUCCCAAGGGACAGCAGACUAUCCGCAACCCGCUCUAUAGCUACAACUUCCCCCAGGAAGCCGUCAGCGGCAAGUACGGCUCUAUCACCGGCGACAGGGACCGCACAAAGACCGUCAGGUGCUCGUCCGUCGAAGCGAACGCCAGGAUGGCAACUGUCAACUUCAAGGGCCUUGUGUAUGAUGCCUUUACCCGAAGCGACACUUUUGCCAAGGUCGCCUCCGUUGGAAGUGACAGCGUUGUGAUGUCCUUUGAACAGCCUCACAACUCGGUCCACAUUCGUGCUGCCUGCGGCAACAACUUUGCGUACCCUCAAGACGCUGCGUUUGACCCUCUCUUCAUGCUCCACCAUGCCAACGUUGACCGUCUUUGGGCCAUGUGGGAAGAUCUCUACCCGUCCGAGAGAGCUCUCAAACCUUCUUACAAGUCGGGCGGCACCUACGCCAUUGCGCCCGGCACGACCAUCUCGAACACAUCCCCUCUCCUUCCCUUCCGCGGACCCCGCGAGGUCGCCCAUAGCAGCGCUCAGGUCCAGGAUACCGUCUCCCUAGGCUACACCUACCCCGAGACCGCCGGUGGCGUUCGCAGCCAAGAUGCCCGCCGCGACGCCAUGCGCAUCACCGUCAACAGGAUGUAUGGCCCCCUACCUCCCGAGUCGCCGCCGCCGCCUCUUCGACCCUAUGGCUCGGGCUACGGAGACGACAACGAGGAAGUCGAGGGUGCUUCGUACGGCGAGGACCACGGCUACGCCGAGGGCCCGCCUAACGCCGUCGAGUUCUUCGCCCAUAUCCGCGUGAACGGCGCCAACGUCCCCACCCCGUGCGAGGUCAACCUUUAUAUCGGCGGGCAGGUCGCCGGCAGCUUCGACAUCCUGACGGCGCCUCAAAGCGGCUUGGUGGAAGGCCAGAUCCCCUUGAGCGACCUCGUUGAGUCUCUUGGCUUCCUAGUUGCGCCGGGCGAUGAUCAGGGACGCGACGGGCCCCUUUCGCUUGUUGGGCAGGGGGUCCAGGUCGAGCUGUUACAUCCCAAUGGAACCGCCAUCCCCUCAUCUAGCUUUGAAGGCCAGGUCGAGGUCAGCCUCAUCGACGCCGACGUGACCCUUGACUCACGCCCCGAAACCUUUCCUCACUACGGCGAGGCUCGCCGAACGUCUGUCCGCACCAAGCCGGCCCCUCCCAGGUCCAAGUGCGGUCGUCGAGGAUACCGCCGGCACCGGGGUCAGAGCCCCGCCACGUAUAAAAUCUGCUCUACCGUCGGUAAUAUAAGAAGGAGAUAUGUCGCGAGUACGUGGCAAUGGAAGUGCCGGCUCGCCUUUAGAGAGAUUGACGGCUUGUCAGGUUCUGCGAACAAGUAG